AUGCAGAAAGGAAUAUAUCCAGAGUUUAAUGAUUCUAUUGAUCAUAACUAUGACAUUUCCAUACCCAGUAGAACUGAUUUUAUUGAUAGAAAAAAUAUGCCAAUUUAUAAUUCAUAUGAAGAAUUAUUUGAAGGUGAUUUCCCUAAACGAAAAUGGGUUAUGGAAGAUAUUCCUGGGAAAGGACGAGGUGUCAUUUGUUGUCGACCUAUAAAAGCUGGAGAAUUAGUAUUUAAAGAACGAGCAUCUAUUUUAUAUAUUGGUCCUGAAACUAAAGACGAAAAUAAAGACUCAACAUUUGAGUUAAUUAAAAAAGUUUAUGAAGGAGAUGCUACUGCUACACCUUCAUUUGUUGCACAAUUAGCACAAAAUCCAAGUAGAGAAAAUGAAUUUGAAAAUCAUGUACAAUGGAUGUUUAAUGAAUUUAAAAAUAAUUCAUAUCAAUUUAAAUAUGAAGUUGUAUUAGAUGAAUUAAGAAAAAUUGUUAAUGGGAUUCAUACAAAUUCUUUUUCAUUAGACUUUCAAGAAGGAUUUGGUGUUUUUAUGGGAUGUAGUUUGGUUAAUCAUUCAUGUUCAGAAAAUAUGGGAUGGCAUACUGUUGGUGAUACUAUGUAUUACACAGCAUUAAAAGAUAUUGAAGUUGGAACAGAGUUAACAAUUUCAUAUUCAUUUCCUAAUGUUAAUUCUAAAAGAAUAAGAUAUUAUCAUGACUACUAUGGGUUUGAUUGUGAUUGUGUGUUAUGUACAAAAGGAAUAGAUAAUUGGAGAGUUUUUGAUUGUAUUUAUUGUGGGGGACUUAUUUAUCCUGAUGAAAAUGAAUGGAUUUGUCAUACUUGUAAAAGAAAAUCAACACAAGAAGAAAUAUUUUUUUAUGAAGCAGAAGAAAAGGCUAUUAUGCAAUUUAAACAUGAAAGUCGUUAUCGUUGGUUCUUUAGGCCUUUAAGAAAAAUGAGUCCAUAUCAUAUGUAUUUAUUUAAAGCAUUAAGAAAUUAUUUUAUGACACAAGCAUGUUCUAAUCCUAUUCAAAUUGCAGAAGAAGUUCUAUUACCUAUUGCAGAAUUUCAUCGUGAUAUUUCACAUGGAAGACUAUAUGCAGCUAUAUUAGAACAAUAUUCAUUAGUAUUAUUAAAAUACUGUCAAACAGUAACUAUUUUGGAAGAGUGGUGUAAAAAAAAGGCUUUAGAGUGUUUAAGAAAAGCAUAUGACUAUCGAUGUUUAAUAGGAAUGGGAAUUUCAGGAUAUGCAGCAGCUAUUUAUCUUGAAAAUUUAAAGUAUUUUGAUCCUGAGAAUCUUAAAGGUCCUAUUGUUCAUUAUGAAGAAUAUUAA